UGAUUCUUCAGUUCAAGCCUAUUAUAUACAAUAAGGGAAAUCGGCCAAGGUCUUCUAACAAGACUGCUCAGUCGGAAGGUGUGGACAACAGCAGUUCUGGGAAGGCGUCAACAACAGUGGUUACAACAAAAUGGCAUUGUAUGGAAUUGAUGCAAACUAUGACCUGUUGUGUGCUGCCAGGUAUGGAGAACUUGAAGACGUUAAAGCGGCUUUGAAAGCAGGUGCAGACAUCGACUUCGACCACGUGGACUGUGAGUCCUCCAGCACUGGUACGGCGUUGUACAAUGCUUGCAUGAAGGGACACAUCGACGUGAUCAAACUGCUACUCCGCAAGGGGGCGUCUACGGCGAAGAGAGACAAAACUGCAUUUGCUCCCCUUCACGUAGCAGUACACGAAGGAAGGAUUGACGUAGUUGACUUGCUGGUGCAGCAUGGUGCAACAGUAGACAUACGGGACGGCUUCCAGAACACACCACUCAUGACUGCAUGUGUCUACAAUCGUGUGGACUUAGUUAAGCGAUUGAUUCAGCUUGGAGCAAGGCCGGAUGUAAAAGAUGGCUACAUAGCCCAGAGAUUGGGAGACUAUACCGGCUGUGACAAGAGUCGGAGGCUGAUACAAGCGGCGGCGAAGUCCAAGCUGUUGAGAUGCUGCAACCCCAAGUGUGGCAAACCAGGCUACAGGAAAACCCUGAAGCUGUGUGCCGGGUGCAAGCUGACCCGCUACUGCAGCCGUGACUGUCAGAAACAGCACUGGUCUGUCGGACACAAGAAGUGCUGUGGGCAUGACGCGUACACUGAAGAAGGGCCACAUCCCAUCGACAGAAUGGAAUCACAUCCUAGCACAUGUCCAUGUAAACAAGAGAGGUUUAAAUUUCCAAAGACGUCUGUAGUGAAACGGCUUUAUCCUAAAUGAAGAACUGUUGAACACACGAUGCGGCAACAGCCAUAUCAAAUGAAGUCAAAAGAUAAGUGGCAAUUUGGAAUGUUGGCAAAUCCGGAAUUUCUUACUUUGGUCAGUAUGGAUAAGCUGCUUGUGUUUUUGUGUAACGUUUUAUACAAUAAUGUUGUGUCAAAUCUUUUUAUUCACAUAUGUAGUCUGUAAAAUUUUACAUGGUUCUGUCAAUAACUCGUUCAAGUUGGUUUAUCUUGUAAAAGAAAGUUAAAUUUGGAGUCAGAAUGCAACAAAUAAUUAGAAAAUGUUGCAGCGCCCCCAUUUCCUGUCGUUAAUGUUUUAUGUUGGACGUUGUUGAUGUUUACCAGUAAGCUGACAAUCUGUUCAUUUCACAAUUACCCCCUCCCCCAAAAUUAGAUCUGAAUUGUGAUUAGUAAUGUCCGAGCUAAAGUAACAUUCUAGUGUACGAUAUGUUAGUGUUUUGGUGUGAAUGUAAUGCUAUCUCAGUAUCUGUUGUUAUUCUAUGUAAAUAAAAGCAAAAUGAAAAGUGAA